AUGGCAUUCUUGAGGAGUUUUUUUGCCACCAAGCAAAUCAUUCGCCGGUCUUUUACUACUGAAUCAUCCACGCCGAAAGGAUUCUUGGCUGUGUACGUUGGAGAACAUCUGAAGAAGAAGAGGUUUCUUGUUCCGGUUUAUUACUUGAACAAACCAUCUUUCCAAGCUUUGCUGAGGAAAGCAGAAGAAGAGUUUGGUUUUGAUCAUCCAACUGGUGGUUUGAGUCUACCAUGCGACGAAGCUUUCUUUUUCACUGUUACUUCUCAGAUUCAUUGA